AUGGUCAGGAAAUACCACUCUGUGCAUGGCCACAACUGUGAAGUAAGGAAAGCCCUAUCUAAGCAAAAGGUGGCUAGUGCUUCAUCCAGCCAAAGAGGUCGAGGUGGUUCUGGAAACUUUGAUGGUGGUUGUGGAGGGGGCUUUGGAGGGAAUGACAGCUUUGGUCGUGGAGAAAACGUCAGUGGUCAAGGUGGCUUUGGUGGCAGAUGUGGUGGUGGCUAUGGUGGCAGUGGGGAUGGCUCUAUUGGAUUUGGUAAUGAUGGAAGCAGUUUUGGAGGUGGUGGAAUCUACAAUGAUUUUGGCAAUUAUAACAAUCAAUCUUCAAAUUUUGAACCCAUGAAAGGAGGAAACUUUGGAGGCAGAAGUUCUGGGCCCUAUGGUGGUAGGGGCCAAUACUUUGCCAAACCACAAAACCAAGGUGGCUAUGGUGGUUCCAGCAGCAUCAGUAGCUAUGGCAGUGGCAGAAGGUUUUAG